CCUUACAUAAAUUUAUUAUAAAACGAACAAAAUAAUUGUACGUGAACAGUACGCUUGCGCUCUGACACGGACUGAGUGAACAUCAACGUUUCUAGUCUACGACAAGUUCAGCUGUAAACUGUUCGUUAGACCUUAAGAGCUUUUCCUUUUUUUUGGAAGAAUUUCAAAUUUACUCUCGGUGAUAUGUGUAAUGAUUAGUGUAAAUAAUUGUGAAAUUAUUCUCUCUAUUAUAAUAAGAAAUAAUAACAAUUGAUGAAUUUAAAUAUUUUUUCGAAAUGAAUAAUGAAACUUAAAAAAAUAGUAGACGAGAGUUCUAUUAUUCUUAUAAUACUUAUUGAUACAAUUAAAAUGAUAUUGUUAUGAUAACGAAAUUGUGCCAAUUAAUAAUAUCAAUGUGAUAUUUUUCAAGUGAAAACAUAUAAUUAAAGCAUAGAAUAGUAGUGGAUUUAAUGCUUUCAAAAGCUUAACCUAUGCAUUUAAAUUAUUUCGGAAAUUUGAUAUUGGCUAUUUUAUCCAAACUGUUAAUAUUAAUAAACAAAAAUUUACACGAUACACUCAUCUUUUGAGUUUCAUAUUUAUUCAAUACCUGUGGUGGUUAUCAUCAUUAAUAUUCCACUGAAAGGUUCAUCUCUAUACCCACUUGUGAGAGAACUCUUUAAAUAUAUUCAACAACUCAUUUAUAUAAAUUUUUAAAUAAUCCACCAAAAAAUGACCAACUUUUUACACAUUUUGUGAAUUCAUCAAUGAAGUUUAAUAUUUCUAUUUACAAAUAUUCACAUAAAUCAUUAUUACUAUAUUAAAAAUAGUCGUGCUCUUUUAGUAAACAAGUUGUUAUGAUAUAAAUCAAAAACCAAUUUCUGUUGAUCUCACAAAAAGUACAAAAUUUCAAAACAUAUUGGUAUCUUUCAUCUUUCAAGAUACAGGAAAUCUUCAAUAUUUGACUCAAUAAAUUAGAUUAGUUACCUUAGCAGGAAGCUAAAAAUAUUAUAAUCAUUGAUUUAAAGGAUAAUGGACUGAAAAUAAACUUUCUGAAGUAUAUUAAUAAUUUAAUAAAGAACAUAAUGUAUCAAGUUAUUAAUGCGAAUAAUUUAGUAAAAUAUAAACAAGAAAUGAGGAAACAUUAAAUCCCGAAAUUUGAGUCAGUCUGAUUUCAAACUUGAAAUAAAACUAAUUAUUCCACUCCAAAAGACUGAAAUCAUGAAUAAAUUUUCUGGAUAUUAUAAAUUGAGAAAACAAGCAAUUUUAAUCCUGUAAUAUCUAUUAAAGCAUAUAAAAAUAUUGUAUUUGAUUUAAAUAAAAGAACAUGGUAAAUUGUUGAAAAUAUUACACUUGGUAUUUAAACAAGACGAGAUUGUCAACUUUAUUAAACAAUGGCAUGACAAUACGACUAGCAAAAAACGCUGUGAAUUCAGUGAACAGGAGGAUGAAGAUGGUAAUGGCUAUACUGGUGUUAGGACAAUUGUUAUCAAAUACUCUGUUAGGUGCAUACGCCGGCGAUCGAUUAGCUGUAGCUCGCAGAAUUUUACGAGAUGUACCUCUUGUGGAUGGUCAUAAUGAUUUGCCAUGGAACAUACGUAAAUUUUUAAAAAACCAAUUACGUAAUUUCCAAUUUCAUGAUUUAAAACGAGUUCACCCUUGGUCUCAAACAGCAUGGAGCCAUACCGAUUUAAAAAGACUAAAAGAAGGCAUGGUUGCUGCCCAAUUCUGGUCGGCGUAUGUACCAUGUUCAUCACAGCAUCUUGAUUCAGUACAGUUGGCGCUAGAGCAAAUUGACCUUAUUCGAAGAUUGGUAAACAAACAUCCAAAAAAUAUGAUUCUUGUUACUACUUCUGAAGGUAUUAAAAAAGCCCAUGGUGAGGGAAGAUUAGCAAGUUUAAUAGGAGUAGAGGGUGGUCAUGCUAUAAGUACAAGUUUAGCAGUACUCAGAAUGCUUUAUGAACUUGGAGCAAGGUAUCUUACUUUGACCCAUACGUGCAAUACACCUUGGGCAGAUUGCAGUACAACAGAUGAGCCAGGUCAAGUACCUCAUGUUGGUGGUCUUUCAAAUUUCGGAAAGAGUAUUAUAGUGGAAAUGAAUAGAUUGGGGAUGAUGGUGGAUUUAUCACAUGUUUCUGUGCCAACCAUGCUAGAUGCCAUGGAUGUUUCUAGAGCACCAGUGAUUUUUAGUCAUAGUAGCGCUCAUGCUAUUUGUAAUUCUUCAAGAAAUGUUCCAGAUCAUGCUCUUCAAUUACUCGCUCGAUCUGGAGGAAUUGUAAUGAUUUCUUUUUAUCCUCACUUCAUAAGUUGUAGUGAAAGAUCAACACUAAAAGAUGUAGUAGCACAUAUAAAUCAUGUACGCAAAGUGGCAGGCAUCGAUCAUGUUGGAAUAGGUGCUGGAUACGAUGGAAUUAACUUAACGCCGACGGGUCUUGAAGAUGUUAGUAAAUAUCCAGAGCUGUUUGCAGAACUACUUACAAACGGAUGGUCAGAACAAGAUGUUCAGAAGCUUGCAGGGCUUAAUCUUAUACGUGUCUUUGAAAUUGUCGAGCAGGUACGAGAUCGUAUGGCUGCGGAAGGCAUAGAGCCGCUUGAAGAUGAAAUCUCGAGUGAAGAUAUCAUUGGUAGAGAUUACUGUCGCUACAAUUUGAAGCAAGAACUGAUGACACCUUAAUAUAAUAAAUUUUUUAUCAAUAUCAAACCAAUAUGUUACUGACGGUUGUGUUUUAGAUAGUAUUUCAUAUAAAAAUAUAAUGAAUAUUCAAAGUUAUACAUAAAAUAGAUAAAAGAACACUAGAUUAAUAUGAUAUUGUUUAUAAAAAUAAUCCGAAUCGUAAAGGUUUAGAGUUUCAAUACUCUGAACCGUUUUAAUGAGACAUAGUCAAUCAAUAACAUGGAAACUUUUUUAUUAUGAAUUAUGGCAGUAUAAGAAUGCAAUUCUAUUGAACACAUAUUUGUAUUAAUUUACAACUCCUCAUUUUUAAAAUAUCAUAAUGAAUAUAUGCAACAAAUUUCUACAUCACGUGAUAUAAAGAGGAUUCAUUUUACUAUAAUUCAGCCACAAAAUUUAAUAAUCUACUUUAUUGUUACGUGUAUUUAGCUUCCAAUUAGAAACGGGUAGAUAGUAUAUUUAAUACUUUAUUAUGGAUUUAUUGUAUUAUAAGGAAACAAAAAUAUAAAAUAUGAUAUAUUAAAGAAUUAAUAAUAAAAUUAAGAAUUUAGAAUUGCACCAAAUAAUAAGAAAAAGAUGUAUUAAAUAGUGGCUGAAUGAUAGUUUAAUCAAUAAAACCAAUACUCGAAUAUACAAAUAUAUAUGUUGGUAAACAUUUAU